AUGCACUCCAAUGGCAAAUCGAUAUCGCUAUCGUUAAUCACAACGACAUCGACAUCGCUAUCGACAUCGACAUCGACAUCAAAAUUACAGGGGGAAGCAACGACAAAUGGCCACUACCUAGAGGAUUCGGCUGGAAGUUCAAGCGAAGAGGCGCCUCUCUCAGUGGGCGAUCCCCGGGACGAGGAGGAACUGGACCUGAACGAGGACGAGGAGGAGGAGGAGGAGGAGGAACCGGAUCACUCCAGCGAGGAUCGUCUUCAGCCGAAUCUGGCUACCACAGCAUUGGGUCCACGGCCACUGGCCAAACCUUUGACUACUACCAUGCUGUUGCCCACCACAGCCAUAACGGACUUGUCCUCGACUCCUCCCAGCCAGAGUCGCGUGCGAUCUCAAGUAGUUGUAGUGCCACCGCCAGUGGCCUCAUCCUGCGAGUAUCUACUCGAACAGCGACCAUCGAUCGCAGCAACGACAUCCUCCACAUCGUCGAUAACCAAUCACGCAACGAUGAUGGCCGCGACAACCACGACGAUGACGACGACGACAACGACGACGACGAUAAUGACGAUGACAACGACGAAGAUGAUGAUGACGACGACGACGACGAUGACGAUGACGAGUACGGCGAUGCCAACUAUGCCAGCCAACAGCUGCCAACAGCGGGCACCAGUGACGACGGCGAGUCGAGCUCCCUCAUCGAUUACUACAACAACCAGCAGCGGGAGCGACACUAUCAGCAGCGCCGUCAAAGCCAUCGUCAAGCCACCGAGAUUUAUACCACCACCGCCGCCGCCUCGUCGUCUGCUCCUCACGCAGACAAAUCUAAGCGCUGCGGCGGGCAAAGCGCCGCCACCUCAAAGAAAAUCUGGCGCUACUGCUGACAGUGGCUGCUUGGCGGCUGUCGCCGACGCCGCCAGCGCUUUGCCCACAAUCGGUAUCGGGUCAAGGACAACGCCUGCGAGUACCAGAACCUCUGCGGCGUCGUCGACAUCCGGCCCAAAACGGGCAUCGUCAACGAUAAUCGAGACCUGCCUGCUGGGUGCCGCAGCGCCGGGCGGCUCAGUCACUUCAUCAGCAACAGUCUCGAGGAUGGCAAAGCCGAGUCGAUCGAUCCAGAGCAGCCCAGCUGCAGUGCAGCCGCCAUUACCGGCACGGGAACGGGAACGGGAACGAGUGCGGGAGGAGGACAACGCGGCGGGAGCCGGACAACGAACGGCGGCCGUUGCCCCAGUGCCGCACGUUGGUUGCGGCUUAAGUCCAAGGCUCGAAAUGCGUUUGGCACUCAACCACGACAUACUCGGGGACGAGGACUUGAUCUGCUACGAGCCUGGUCCCGAUCUAACAACUAUUCUGGGGCACGACCUCUCCACAUUUCAUCGACUGACGGGUCGCGAUUUAUUGAGUCGUUCAGCCACGAAUCGGGUGCAGCCAAAAGAGGCUGUCAUAUCGUACUCUCAACAACGCAACUCCAAGAUGGACACACCGACGGUGAAUCGGCGUCCACGUCCCGCGGUCUCCGGUGUCGUGGCGGCAUCGGGCUCGGGCUCGGCGCCGAGGAGUCGCAGCAGCAGCAGCCACGGAAGUCCACGCGCCGUUGGUUCAGCUCGUGCCGUCGGCGAUCGACAACGCCCGCAUCCAAAUCCAAAUACAUGGAGCAGUUCUGCAUCUGCGGCUCGAGCCGUCGGCGGGAGCGCAAACGUCGACGGCAACAGCACAAAUUGCAGCAGCAACAGCGGCGCGAGCAAAUUAGGCGAUCUGGAAAUCUUAGCGAGACGCGAGAAGAUAUAUUGCAUGUCUCAAUUGAGGAGUGGCUAUCAAGUCAGGGCGACAUCCGAGACAACAACGAAAUUGAGCGCGACAACAGACACAACCACAAUGACAGCAACGACAUCGACAUCGAGGUCGACAACGACGACGACGACGACUACGAUGACAACGAGACGCGACUGUUCCUUGCCAACGAGCCGAGCAGCAGCAGCAGCCUCUCUGACGAGGACGAUGAGUACUACUUCGAUGGACGCAGUGGAAGCCACAACAACAACGACUGAACCAUGCCUCGAAACCGAAGCGGGCAAAUCAAACCGUCUCAUUAACUUUAUCAAGCGCCGCAACUCUGAGAUAACCGCCAGCGGCAGCAGCAGCAGCAAUCCCAACAACAACUCUGAUAGCACAUACAACGAGCAGCAGCAGUUGAUGUUGCAACUACAUCCGAGCCAUAGCCAGAGCAGUCAGCUUCUGAGACAGUCACCGGAUGCCGCGGACAUGGCACAAAUGUCACCGCGCAAGGAUAACGACAAGCCCUCGCUCAAUCGCCGGUUGUGGAAGCAAAUCACUAAACGAAGACGCACCAAUUCCGUAUCCCAAAUUGUCGCCGGCUAAGACGUCCUGCGUUCCAGCACUUUCGCUCUUGCUUCAGCACUCGCAGUAGCACAUCCUCUAUCCGCUAUAUUUGUCUACGAUAUCACUUCAAUUUUCGCAUCCCGAGAUGCACUCGAUUAUAGAUGCAUGUUGAAUGUUCACACGUGUGAUAUUUGCCAGCCUAAUGCUUUCAUUAUUGUAUUGUGGUGUGUGGCAUUUAGUUAAGCCUGAGUUUAGUUAGAUGAAAGCUCUAGGGUCGUUUACACUGGCGUUCAUGCUGUAUAAAUUUGCAUUAAUAAUAUAUUUACUGAAUUGACAAGAUAAAUGUGCCUGAUUCAUGCUGAACUGCAGAGCUGGAAAGAGCAUCAAAUAUUAUGUAGUAGUAAUCUGCGUUUAGAACUUCGAUCAAUUAAUAAUUGUAGUGACAUUUACCAUUGUUUCCACUGCACAGCAGUGAGCAGUAUUUUCUUUUGCAAAAGGAUUUACAAUGUGUUUACACUAUGGAAAUGUUAAUGUGUUUACACUAUAAUACAGUACUAAGUUGCAAUGUGCUUACACUACUAAUGCUACGUGUAAACGGCCUUUAUAUUAAUUAAGUUGGUGUCUAGACAUUUAAAUUGAGCAAAGUUAUGUCAAAACUAAGGCUAUACAAUUUACAACAACAACAAAAAUGGUAAUGAAAAACCAAAUGAAAACAAUGUCAAACUUAUGCUAAGUUUUUUGAUACUUAUGAACUUUGUAGCUAGUGAAACCCUUAAAUGAAUGAUGACGUAUGAUGUUAACGUAAUGAUGAUGAUGAUGAUGAUGGUGAUGAUGAUAAACUUUAUGAUGUUGAUGAAUAUGACGAUGCUACGUCCAAUUGCGUCCAAGUCCUAGGUGACUCCUGCCAAUCAGCUAAGGGGCAACAAGCAAGCAAGCAAUCUCACUCGUACUCGUACUCGUACAAUAGCCAGCCCAAGCGCGAAGCCAAAAACUAGACUCAAAACCUAGGAAACUUUUUAAUGAAAAAUCAGCCAAAAUAAACUGAAAGGAACAACGAAUGAGGAGCAGCCAGACUAAAGUGAAUACUUUGAGUUCUGUUACUGAACACAGACACACAAUAUCUAGAGGAAUUACAACAACUGGGGGCGGGAUAUAGUAGAGCACACACAUACACAGCCAAAAAGAAGAAGGGAGAGGUGUAAAGCAUAUGAAAUAUGUUUAGAAUAUUUUUUAGAGAGAAGCUAAAAACACACACAUACAUACAAUAAAUACGAGUAAAAUGAUAUCGCAUUGGUAGCAAAGUCAAAUUAGUUUUGGGUUCACACUGGAUUAGCCAGUGUGAAUGGGGCUUUUGAAUUUGAUUAUUUUCAAUUAACAAUGAAAUUGCCUUACAUUUAAAAUUAACACUAACAUUUAACACACAAAAAAAAAAAAAAAGAAAAACAAAUUUAACAUGAACUAUUUAUUGUAUUUGUAGCUUAAAACAAAACAAAAACGUCGUCUUUAUACAAUGUAUGGUAUUUUGCAAUUGUCAUUUGUCCACUACAAAACAAAGAAUCUAAUUAUAAUACAUAUUUAAAAAACAAAUUAAGAGAAAGGUAAAGCAAAACAAAAAAAAAACAGAGUAUUCGUAGUUGCAGAAUCGAUCAAAAUACAGCAAACAAGUUUUAAGAAUUCGAAUUUUUUGUCUUUAGUCUUUAAAAAUGGAUCUUAUAUCACAGCUAUACAGAUGCAGAUACAGAUACAGUAUCUGUCGGAUUAAGAUGAUAAUAUUUGUAGCAAUUUGCGAUAUGUGUACGAGUAUUGUAUGUGCAUUUUGUAGUUUAUUUCACAUUGAAAUUGUUGAAAGCUAACAAAUUAUACGAUAUAAAUAACAAAAGUGAAUAAACAGACAGCUAACAGGCAGACAGACGGACGGACGGACGGAUGGACAGACAACGAUCAAGUACAUUUAUCAGCUUUAAUAGAAAUUCUAAUAAAACUUACAUAUGUAGCUAUAUAAUUGAUACACACUCACAUACAAAUAAAAAAAAACACAUAUAUAUAUAUAUAGUAUAUACUUUGAAUAGCAUGUACAA